AUGAUGUAUCAUAAUAAGGGGCAGGUUGCAGAGCUGGUCCGGUCAGCAUGAUCAAUCUCCAACAAUAUAUCUCACACACUAUCUGAUCAUCAUCUCUUGGAUUCUUAUUUCUCUAUUCAUCCUCUUCCUCCUCCUCCAAUCAUCUUCAUAUAUCACCAUAUAUAUUCUUUCUCAAUAUUCUUAUAUAUAUAUAUAUAUGAUAUAUAUAUACACCACCACCAUAUCCACAAGCCCAUUAAUAAUAAGGAGGAAUUACCCCUGUGUCGUACGUAAACCCAUUUCCAGUGAAUUAUUAUGUGGCCUCGGUUAGUAGCUAACAAAGUCCUGAAGAAGAGACUAGGAAGCAACAAUUUUGUGGCUGAUUUUCCUAUCAAUAAUAAUGAGUCAACGACGUCGUAUUUGCCUGAAGAAAAUAACAACAGAACAACACCUUGUCCUACUUUUUAUGAUCAUGAUGAUCAUGAUGAUCAUCACCACACAUCCUUAACUCUUAACACUACAAUCUUCAACCAGCACAAACUCAACGUCCAUAAAUACAAGUUUUUUACUAGUACAUGGAACGUGGGUGGAGUGGAACCACAUGAAGAUUUGAAUUUGGAGGAUUGGAUUGACCCUUCUUGUGACAUCUAUGUUUUCGGGUUUCAAGAAAUUGUGCCUCUAAAAGCAUCAAACGUGCUUGGAUAUUCAGAGAGUAGUAGAAUAGCAAGGAAAUGGAACAAUUUGAUUAGACAAGCUUUGAACAAGAAAAUCAAUAAUAAUAAAUUUUAUUACAAUAAUAAUAAGGGAAUAAAAGAGAGUAGUAGUUUUGAGGAAAUAAAAAGUUUCCAAUGUAUUAUAAGUAAAGAAAUGGUUGGGAUUUUGGUAUCUGUUUGGGUACGAACCACUCUUCGUCCCUUUAUUAAACACCAAAGUGUCUCCUGCGUUGGCUGUGGCAUCAUGGGCUGCCUAGGCAAUAAGGGAGCAGUGUCAGUGAGAUUUCAGAUACAUGAAACAAGUUUAUGCAUUGUGUGUAGUCAUUUGGCUUCUGGGGGUAGACAAGGAGAUGAAAAAUAUAGAAAUUCAAAUGUUUCAGAAGUUUUAUCAAGAACAACUUUUCCUAGAGGCCCUUUACUUGAUUUGCCACAGAAGAUUCUCGACCAUGAUCGAGUAAUAUGGCUUGGAGAUUUGAAUUACAGAAUUUCUUUGCCAGAAGCAAAGACCCGUUUAUUAGUGGAUAAAGGGAAUUGGUCGGCCUUACUAGAAAAUGAUCAGCUGAGAAGAGAAUUGAUGGAUGGGCAAGUAUUUGAAGGGUGGCAAGAAGGAGCUAUAAGAUUUGCUCCCACUUACAAAUAUUGUCUCAAUUCUGAUCUUUACUUUGGAGUUGUUAAUGGCACUAAAGGUGAAAAGAAGAGAGCCCCAGCAUGGUGUGAUCGGAUAAUUUGGUAUGGAGAGGGAUUAAAGCAAGAUAUUUACAGUAGAGGGGAAUCAAAAUUGUCAGAUCAUAAACCUGUGAAGGCAAUAUUUUCAGCAGAAGUUUGUGUGUUGAAAAAUCUUGGAACAUUCCAUGGUUUUUUUCUAUCAGAAAGGUUUGAACAAAUUAACACCAAUAAUAUUGACAUUGAUCACAUAUCUUCCCAUGAUGAUCAUUUUAUAUGUAAUAAUAUUGAUAAGUCAAGUUUGUUUUAAACCUUUUAUAUUUUUGUGUGUCCUGAAAUCUUUUCUUUUUAAAACAAAAAAUUAAAACAUAUUUUUUUUCUUUCUUUUAAAUCUUCUAUAUAUAAUGUAUAAUAUCAUGUGUAAUGUGUAUAAGCUAGAGAGAUAAUGAUGAUGAGUGUACAGUGAAGUUGGUUAUAAUUGUUUGAAUAUAUUUGGCAAUGCUUAUAAAUAUAUUUAUGUU